AUGGCGCUGCACGUGCCCAAGGUCAUGACGGCGCUCGUGCGCGCCCUCGCCGCGGGCGCCGCCGCCGCCAACGGCAGCAGCAUGGCGAGCAGCAGUGGAGCGGCGGCAGGAGCAGGAGGCACGCCAGGCGGCGGCGGCAACAGCGGCGGCAGGAGCGUGGCGUCGCUGCACGCGGCGUGCGCGGACGUGGUGGUGGAGAUGGCUACUCACUGCGUCGCGGCCCCCCACGACCCCGCUGCCGACUCCGCAGCCGCGGCGGAGACUCAGAUAGCGGGCGUGGGUGUGGCCGUGCGUGUGUGCGCAGUGCUGGCGGCCAUCUGCGACCCGCUCGCAGCGGAGCUGGCAGAGCAGCACCACCGCCACGUGCAGCAGCACCACGCAGCGGGGGCAGGCGGGGGCGGAGGGGGCGGGGCGGCGGCAGCAGGGGGCGCGGAGCAUGACGCGCUGGCGGGCGCGGCCAGGUGCCUGCUGGCGCUGGUGCAGGCGGGCAAGUGGAAGCAGGCGAGUGUGGGGGGGAGGACUGAUGGAGGCCGCGCAUUGCGCUCAAGGCUAGAUGUGUGGCAAGCGGAAUCCAACGCAGCGUCCCUCUCUGCCUGCUGUCAUCCGCCUUCCUUCACCCUGCUCUGCACUCGUCUCACGGGACAGGUGCCCAAGGCGUCGCAGGAGGGGGCGUUCAAGGCGCUCACAGCAGCGCUGGGCGGCGUGCACCGCCCUCUCGCGCUGCUGCAGCUCGCAUGCGACCUCUGCCACCUCGACGCCUCGCUCGCCAAGUUCCACGCCAAGACGCUGCUGCGGGCGGGCAAGGAGGUGCUGCGGGGGGCGGCCUCAGUGGAGCACCGCCUGUACGCCGUGCGCCUGCUCAAGGACGCCAUGCGCAGCAGCUGCAGCGCGGCGGUGUUUCAGGCGGAGCUGAGGGACGUGGUGGCGCUGCUGAGGGAGGCCGCCAACCACCCCAAGCUCAAGCCCGAGGCCCUCGCCGCUGGCAAGGCCAUCCAGGAGAAGAAGAAGCACAUCCCCAGGCCAGGCGCCACGUCCUCCGCCAGCAAGGCAGCAGCGCGCUGGCGCCCCGACGAUGCCACGCGGACGCCACACGCCCACCCCGCCGACGGGCCUUGCCACGCCACGCCUGGUGCGGGCAGCAGCAGCAGCAGGAGCCCUGCGUGGAUGGGUGCUGAGAGCGACGAGAGCAAGGUGGGUGAGGGGCGACAGCACGGGUGGACGCCGGAGAGGCGGGCAGAGGGCGAGGGAGAGGGGCCCACGUCGCCCACGCACUCAGCUGCCUCCUCCGCUGCCCGCACCGCGCCCCUCGCACUCGCCCCUGCCGUGCCUGCGCUUGCUGCUGCACGAGCAACCUCACAGUCAUCGGAGCCUCCUCCACGCGACCCCACACUCUACUUCACCCCCCUGCCCGCCCUGCCCCACCACGCCUCCUCUCUGCACUCCUCCACAUGCGCAGCAGCAGCGCCAGCAGAAGCAGAAGCAGGGGGAGUGCAGGGAGCAGCGGCGUCAGAGGGGAGUCCGGCAGGGCAGUUCACAGCCUUCCAGGCGCGGGGGGAUGCGACCUUCACCACCACGGCGGUGCACGGCAGCGCCCUCUCCGCCACACCGCCCCCCUCCGCGCCCUACUCCGCCCGCUCGCCCGCCUCCCUCUCACACCUCGGCCCGUCGCCCUCCCUCUACCUCGGAGCCGGUUCCACCCAAGGCAAAGCGUUUGUGUCCUCAGGCCAUGGUGGGAGUGGUGAGAGCCCAGAGGACAUGCGGUCGGUGCGGCGGCGGGUGUUCCACGACGACGAGGUGCCACGGGAUGAUGCGGUGCCACGGGAUGAUGCGGUGCCACGGGGGAGAGGGGGGAGAGGAGGCAGGGGGGGGGGGCAUAGGGAGCAGGAGAAUGUUUUUGCUGGGGCCAGCGGGCACAAGGCCAUGGGGCUGGCUGUCACUGGCAAUGGUGCUGGCAACGGUGGUGUGAUGGGUGGGCGGGAGUGGAGCCCCACAAGUGAGAGCAGCAGGGGCAACGGGCACAAGUGGGAGCAGGAGAAUGCCGGCGCUGGGGCCAGCGGGCACAAGGCCAUGGGGCGGGCUGGUUCUGGCAAUGGUGCUGGCAACGGUGGUGGCAUUGGUGGGCGGGAGUGGAGCCCCACGAGUGAGAGCAGCAGGGGCAACGCAAGGAGCAGUGUGUCACCCAGCACGAGUGGCGAGGGCCGUGAGGCGGUGCGAGGAGGCAAGGCGAGGUCACCACACAGCCGCGGCAACUCGCCUCUCUACGAGCUCGCUGCUGCCUUCGUGCGCGCCCGCAAGUCGCCCGACCUCUCUGGCAGGCUCGGCACCUUUAGCCUCACCUCCGGCAGCCCUGACAUGCUGGGCGCGUAUCGCCUGGGCGGCAGCAGGAUGGCAGGGGGGGCGCUGGGCGAUGCUGCUGGUGGCGGAGUGGGCAGAGGGAAUCCAAUGCGCAUCACUCUCUCAGGCCCGCCCGCCAGUGCACAGGGCGGUAACAGUGGUGGCGUGGGCAGCAGAUCAGGGGUGGGUGGCGGUGUGGGCAUGGGCAGCAGUGGGGUGUUUGUGCGGCUGAGUGGGGAGGUGGAGCAUGGGGCGGGGGCUCCACAGCCGUCAACGGACUGCAAGGCGGCUGGGGAGGGGGGAGGUGGAGGGGGCAGUGGAGCGGUGCUGGCAGCACACUUGGCCACGGGGGGAGAGGGGGCGGGGACCCUUGGGAGUGCCGGGGACAAAAGUGAGUCGGCGCAGGCGUCAGCAGCAGCGGGCAGCUCUCCUGGCAGCAGUAGAGGGUCAGGCGAGGGCAGUGGUGAGGGAAGCAGCGAGGGGGAGGGGUCGUCGGGCUUCUGCCGCCUCAUCUCUGACGCUGAAGUCGCCUCGGCUCUCGCCAGCAUGCGCGCCACUCACGCCCUCUCCGCCCUCAGUCCCCUUUUUCUCCCCGCACGCCGUGCACCCCUCUUUAUCUGCCUAUCCCUCCAUGCGUUGCCCUGCCCCCCUUCAUCUUGUGCUGCCCUGCCCAUCAGCAGCAACCCCACGGGCAGCAGUAAGGACGGCAGUCACAGCAGCAGCGUCACCAACGCUCACCGCGCCACUCUCCCCAUGGGCUCUGCGCCAUCACCGCUCCACCGCACGUCUGAGCCGCCCCCGCCCUCCCACGGCCAGCCCUCCACACCCGUGCUCUUUGCCCCGCCUCCCUCCCUCCCAGCCAGCAUGCAGCUCGCCCCGCCCUCCCAGCCCGCGCAGCAGCAGUUGCAAGGGCAGCAGGAGAGAGGCGCGGGGCUGGGGCAGGUGCACAGAGGGUAUGAGGGAGAGAGUGAGGACGGGCAGAGGGAGGGGCAAGGAGAGGGGCGAGGAGAGGGGCGGGAGGAGGUGAGUGGGUUUGGGGCGAGCUGCCUGUCCCCGCCGGGCAGCAUUGGCCGGUGGACGCUCCAGGGUAAACCGCCCCCGCCCAUGGCCCUCUUUAUGGACGGCGGGAGUGGCGUGACGUCAGCGAGGGACAGUGUGGCAUCAGGAAGAGGCAGUGCCACGUCAGCGCGAGGCGGAGGGGAGGUGCAGCAUGUGGGUGCGUUGCAGUCGCUGUGUGGCAGUGUGUGGGCGAGCAGGGCAGGGGAGACCACAAGCAAACACCGAUAUGUGAGCACACCAUCCCACCUCUCCCUCUCCUCCCCACCUCUCCCUCUCCUCCCCACCUCUCCCUCUCCUCCCCACCUCUCCCUCUCCUCCCCACCUCUCCAUCUCCUCCCCGCCUCUCCCUCUCCUCCCCACUGCCCCUCCUUCCCAACUACCCACACCCUCCUCACUCUGCCUCCUCAAACUCCGCUCCAUCCCCCCAUUCCCCCAUUCCCCCAUUCCCCCAUCCCCCCAUCCCGCCAUCCGCCCAUCCCCCAGGCGUCCCCCAUCCGACCGGAGGAUCUGGACUGCCCGGUGCCGCUGGCAGCGCUGGCCAGGAGUCUGCAGCACACGCCCGUCACCGGGGACCAGGUCGACGUGCUCCUAGCGCCCUCGCCCCUCCCCGGCACCCGCACUCCCGGCGGUCCCCAAACCGCCGGUGGGGCCAGCACAGGCGGUGGCAGCGGCAGCGGCGCUGCUCUCACGACACCCACAGCCGCCAGGAGCACGAGCGGCAACAGCAGGUCUCUGUCGUCUCACAGGAGUGCGGGCAUGGAGGGCGGGCGGUGGAGCAUGCAUAACAACCCCAUGGCUGGCGACUCACACCCCCACUGCAGCACGCAUGAUUGCAUGUGCAGGACACCUGGCCACACAUGUGAGGCGUCUCAACGCAGGUUCGGUGCACCUGGGCACAGUGGGGGUGGGGAAUCAGGCAGAGGAACAGUUGAUGGAGAUACAGGGCAGUCAAAUCCGGCGGGAGGUGCUGCGGUUAAUCCUGCACCUGCAGCUGCAACUGCGUCUGUUGGUGGGGCAGGCGAGGGCGAGUGGGAGGAGGAGGUGCAGCAGGAGGUGAGGGUGCUGGAGGCGAGUGAGAGGGAGCAGCAGCGCGCCGUGGCACAGCUGGAGCAGUACGUGGAUGAGGUGGGGGGGGCGGGGGGCGAGGAGGGGCAGGGGGGAGGUGCGUGUGGUGGGGAGGUGGAGGGAGGAGAGGAGUGUGGAGAGAGGGGGCAUGCCGUGGAGGCUGGCAUACAGGCAAGGGAGGGUGGGGGGGGAAAGGGAGAGGGCAAAGGGGAUGAGCAUGAGCAGCACAAGAAAGAGCAGGAGUAUGAAGCAGCGAAUGGGUUGGUGGGAGCUAUGGUGAAUGUGAGGCAGAGAGGGCGCAGGGGGAAGGGGGCAAGCUGUGACGGCGACUUGAGCGAGUCCACUGCUGGAGACAGCUACACUGAUGGGGGGGAGGGAGAGGAAGGGGACGAGGAAGAGGAGGGGGGAGGUGAGGUGGUGGAGGAGAGGGGAGUGAGGGCGUGGGUGGUGGCGGCGGUGACAGCAUUGGAGAGGGCAAUGGAGGGGGUGCUGCAGAUGCUGCUGCUGGCUGCCCUGGUGCUGCUGCUGGCCCUGCUGGGGAGCAGGCUGGCAGCCGUGGUGCACAAUGAGGGCAGUGAUGUGGAUGACUUCGUGCCCACCUAG